AAAGAACCGCUCGAAGACCAAGAAGCGUUUGCUGCGGCGUCCAAGUGCGCAUGAAUCCGUCGUAUCCAGGCUCGUCGGGAGACCGCCACGGGCCACCGUCGCUCAGCUCGGCGUCCAGUGCCGGUCUGGGUGGAAAAGGUGGACCGCCCUCUGGUCAGCAGCAACAGACGCACAGUUACCACCCGCAGCCGUCGAUGGCGCAGCUCAGUCACCUGCACCCGCUACAUGGCGGCUCGCAGCAGCAGCAGCAGCACUCCAUUAUGCACCCGAACGGACCUGUAUUGCCUCCCCCGCCCCUCCCCGGCUCACUAGGCGGCGGCGGGCCCAAUACGUCGCGCUCGCCGCACCCGCUCUCGGGUUCAAUCCUGCACCCGCCGCGCGGCAACCUGGGCUCAUCCAGCGGAAGUGGCCCACCCUCGGUGCUGGGCAAACCCACUGGUUCCCAGGGACCUCCGCCCUCUAACGCGGGCGGGAUGAUGGGCCAUCCAGUCCGCAUGCAGGCGCCCAAUAUGAGUCAGAGUAUGGGCAACGUGCAGCAGUCCAUGGCUUCGUCCUCAGGUGGACUCAAGCCGCCCACACAGGGCUAUAACGUGCGUCCCCAGUCGCCCCCUCGUCGCCAAGAGACGCAGCAGCAACAACAGCAGCAGCAACAGCCUCAACAGCAACAACAAGUGGUCCAGCAGCACUACGGACUAGACGGACGCAUCAUCCCGAAUGACCAAGUAGAAGGGGACUAUUACCAGCAACAGCAAAUGUCGGGUCCUCCUCCGCGUCAUCGCGAACUCCGUGUGGAAGACGCGCUGUUGUACCUGGACCAAGUGAAGCAGCAGUUCGGAGACCAGCCGGAUAUCUACAACCAGUUCCUGGACGUCAUGAAGGACUUCAAAGCUCAAGCGAUUGACACUCCCGGGGUCAUUCUUCGUGUAUCCACUCUCUUCCGAGGAUACCCGAACCUGAUCUUGGGCUUUAACACGUUCCUACCGCCAGGAUAUCGCAUCCGCCCCGACACGUCGAUUGAGGUGAUUCCCUCACAGAUGGCUGGUCGUGGAGGCGUUCAGCAGUCCAUGUAUUCAAAUGUGGGAGCUCAGCAGUCGUCCAGCGCCAACAUGGGCCACCGUCCGCCUCCAGUGACGAUCCCGCCGCCUCCUUAUUCCCCACCAGAGCUUCACAAGCCGACGCCGUCGUCACGUCAACAAUUGGCUCCUGCUGGUCAGAUGAAGACUGGUGGAAAGCCCAAGAAGCAGCAGCAACAGGCUCCUGCGCCAAGUGGAGGUAACGCUGCGGCACGAAGCUCGACAAACCCUGUGGAGUUCGAUCACGCCAUCCACUACGUGACUACUAUCAAGCAGCGCUUUGCAGAUGAGCCAGAGACGUACAAGGAAUUUCUUGCCAUCCUACACACGUACCAGAAGGAGCAACGUUCCAUCCGUCAAGUGCUGGACCAAGUCUCGCACCUGUUCCGUGACCACCCGGACUUGUUGCGCGAGUUUACGUUCUUCUUGCCCGAUGCAGUGCAGGAACAAGCCAAGGAGCGUCUGAACCGUGCUGCUGAGAAGGCUCAGCAACGUAAGGACCAGAUGGCGCAAAAGGCGCGCAAAUAUGGAUCACAGGGUUACCAGGCUGAUCGACGUGAUGAUCAUGGUGGGGACUCACCGUCCAGCGCUGCGAUGAAGGGUCGUAUGAUGGCCGAUGAUGAAGACGCGUACAUGAAAUACGGCAAGAAAGGAGGCAGAGGCUACAAGGACGACGACCACCGCCUCAGUGGUAAAGCUCUGGAGCGUCGCGAGAAGGAGCGAGAGCGCGAACGCAACCGCGCGCAAUUUAACCACAAGCGCAACAAACGGCGCCCAUACGAUGGAAAGGAACGUCGUGCGUACCUGGCAAUCUCGGAUGUACUUCUGGACAAGGAAGAGUGGAACAUUUUCGAGAAGAUUAAGAAGAUUCUACCGUCUCGUGACAACUGGCGCGAGUUCCUUAAGUGUUUGGAACUGUACAGCCAGGAAGUACUGGACCGGAACGAGAUGCUGUCGCUAAUCAGGAACCUUUUCGGUCGUCACACAGACCUUGUGGAAGAAUUCGACCACCUUUUGUGCUCGCAUGGUGUACAGAAGACUCCCAAGGAGAUCUGGCCGUUUAUUCCCCUAGCUGAGACGGACUUGUCGCAAUGUCGCCGUGCCACUCCAUCGUACCGUGGUCUCCCUGCUAGUUACCCGAUCCCGCCAUGCUCUCACCGCUCAGCGCUCGAAAAGGAAGUGUGCAAUGACUCGUGGGUGUCUGUGCCUACUGGUAGUGAAGAUUUCUCCUUCAAGAGUAUGCGCAAGAACCAGUACGAGGAGGCGCUUUUCAAGUGUGAAGACGAACGUUUUGAGAUCGAUAUGGUGAUCGAAGCUAAUGCAUCCACUAUUAGCAUCCUUGAGCCAUUGGCUCAGGAGAUUGAGGUGCUUAAGAAGUCGAGCGGUGACGACGAUAAACUGUGGAACUAUGUGGUAGAUAAGGGAACAUUCCGUGUGACCCACUUGAAUGCGAUUACGCGCAUUUACGGUGAAGCAGGUUCGCAGAUUCUGGAACUGCUGCGAAAGUACCCGGCUGGAGCGAUUCCUAUUAUUCUGAAGCGACUUAAGCAGAAGGAUGAAGAAUGGCGUCGUGCACGUGAAGAUCUAAACCGCCAGUGGAAGGAGGUUAACGAGAAGAACUACCACAAGUCACUGGACCACUCGAGCUUCUACUUUAAGCAGAAGGAUAAGAAGCAGACGAGCAUGAAGAUGAUGAUGCAGGAGGCCAAGAAGAAACUGGAGGCGGACGAGAAACGUACUGAAGAAGCAAAGGCGGACUCGAAUGCGUCACCGUCUACUGUUUCAGCGACGUCUGCUGUUGUGGGCGCCAAGGCUCCUCCUCAAGCGUCAGAUAUUGCUGAUGCACUUAAGAAGGAACAAUCUACUGAUGCCGCGAAGCCUCCAGUAACUGCCGAUAGCAAGAUUGCGGCUACGUCGUCGCAGCCUAAGCAGUGGAAGCCUCACUUUGCGUACAAGUUUGCAUCGGUUCAGAUCCACAAGGAGGCGUUCGGCUUGCUAUCAUAUGCUGCCGAGAAGAAUUUGGGUGGAGCUGACAAGGAAAAGAUCUCGAAGGUCUGGCAGUCUUUCUUCUUCCCUUUUUUCCAUCUGGAGGAGGAGUGGCUGGUGCGUAAGCCACAACACACUACUGUGACGCCUGAGAAGGCUAAGACGUUGCGUGUUGGCACGGAAGUGAGCACGGAGUUUGGUGAGGGUACGGUUCAGCAGUUUAACCGAGAGAAGGGGUACUUCACGAUCAAUUUGGCUGCGCUCGGGUGUCAGGCGUACUUGCAGCCAAGUGCUCUCACUGUCCAAGAAGCUGCAGAUUUCCCGCCCGGGCUUCCUGCACUGGACAGCAAGCAGGAUGCAUCCAAGGUGCUAGAAGAUUACAAGUCGCUGUUCUACGGCAACCAGCAUGCGUACGCCUUCCUGCGUUUGUACCAGAUACUCCACAACCGGCUUGAGCGCGCGUAUGAUCUGUGUGAGAAGGCGAAGCGCAACCGCAAUCGUCGUACUAUCAACCCAGCGGCACGUGCUCUGGCCCACGCCCACCAUUCUUUGUCUGCAUCACCCACGGAGAAAACAGGCGACUACCAGGCGUUUGUUUCCAAGCUGUACUCGCUGAUUGAUGGCUCUGUUGACAAUUCCAAGUACGAGGACUCUUGCCGCAGUCUAAUGGGAUCGACGUCGUAUUUCUUGUUCACUAUGGAUAAGCUGGUGACGCAAGUACUCAAGCAGAUGCAGCAUCUGGCGAACGAUGACACAUGUCAAGAGCUUACCAAGGCGUUUGCUGAGAUACAAGGCGAGCCAAAGCCCUCAGUGGACCCGGUAGGUGCUGAAACCAAGGCCACUGCGUACCUCAACAAGACAAAGGCCAUUUUCGAAGGCGAAGGAGCGUUCCGUAUCGAGUUCAAGCCUGGCGUUCUGCGUAAGACGCCGCUUGAGGCACGCGGCGGUUCUACUCCAUCGGGAGCUUCUGAACCUUUCAAGAUUUGGGCGCCUUCGCCUCGUGUCAAAGCCCCGGAAGCCAGUAAGUGGCUCAUUGAACCCGAGUUGGCUAUCGAGUACCUGGGCUCUAUGGAUGAAGAUGGUAACGAGGACGACGACGACGACGAAUCUCCGAGUGCUACGCCAGUAGAUACGCCAUCAGCUACACCCGUGUAUGGCUCCCCCGUCCACGACACGCCUGGACGUGAUUCACAGGAUGACGAGGAUGAACCGAUGGAAGAGACCAAGGAAGAUGACAGUAUCAAGAAGGAAGUGUCAACGCCGGCAUCAUCUGGUAGCAUUGAGCAAAGUGAUAGUGGCUCGUCCGAUGACGCGCAGUUGGCCAAUGCAGCGAAGACUUUGGAGUCUGCAACAUUACUGAAGAAACGGACCCGUGACUCGUCUGAGGAAGGAAAUGCGGUGGAAACAGCACCGUCUACAUCCAGUGUGGCAACGGAAGGUGCAAUUGCUGCGAAAAAAGUGAAAACAACGGAGGCUUUUGCCGAUACAGCUAAACCUACGACGGCCACACAGAAAGAUGAUCCCAUGGCCGGAGGCGAUAAAGCAAUGUCUGCUCCUGCUCAGCCGAAGACUCAAACAAUUACACAGGCAGUGAAAGUGGAGAAGCCACAGGAACAGACCCACAAGAGUGAUCAGCUCACGGAAGGACAGACAUCGUCACUACAUGUAGACCAAGUAAACUCUGCGCGACCAAGUGGUAGCGCUUCUGCUGUACCUUCUGUUGCCUCCACUGGCGCUCGUGCACCAGGUCCUUCGUCUAUAGUGAACAGCGACGACAAGAAGGAGUAAUGAGACCAGAAUUGAUCAAGUGAAGGACGCAGCGAAGUUGGUACAUGUGUUCGGUAAUUCAUGAUGCUUGCCCAGUUACAAGCUUCACUCUUGUAUUUUUCUUCAUCUUGCAGCCUGACUGUCCUGUUGUGUUUGAACGCCAUCGUAGCCCCGAUAUCGAGGAAGUAAAGGCAAAGUCCUGUCAUCAUUGCAACGUUAAUGAGUAAUGCAGGAGUAAAUUGCCAAGGGAGCGUACAUACUUUCCGUGAAGUUGUCGGCGCUUGGUCAUUGUUGGGAACAAGAAGAGAAGGCCUUCGGUUUGUGGAGUCGUGUGCGGGGGAUCCGCGACUGGAGACUUGUCAUCUUUUGCCUUGUUCGACAUUUGUACAAAUUCUGCGAGACUUUUGCCUGCCACCGGGUGUUGUAAGUUGGCAAAAGCUCGUGCUGCCUUACGUUGCUGUCGAGUCAUUCGCGUCGGACUCUCGAUAGGAGCGACGUCCUCACCUGAUACGGCGGCGACUGAAGUCUCAAACUGGUUGCGAAAGUAUUGUCUCCUGGUAUCGACACUGGACGUAGCAUGCUUCAAAACUACCGACGGAAGCGAUACGAUCCUGGACAAUUGAGCACCACCACUGGAGGUCCUGACAUCGGAUGGGAGGCCGCCAGGCUGAGAAACAGCCCGAGAACUUUCACGUGGAGAGGAUAGGACCCUCGAGUGUUUAUCUCCUGCGACCACUACAACAUGUUGUCAACGGAUGCAACGAAAGGAGUACGCCGAGCGCAAGAUACAGACCUGGCUGCUUUUGGCGCAGAGCUUCGCGGAGUGAAUCAAUCUUGAGACGCUGAUCGCAGUGUUCAUUCUUGGACUCUGUUUCGACACGUUCAAGGAUGAAACGCAGCGUGUCGUACGCUGUACUCUGCAACUCUAAACAAUUGACAGGAUGAUCAGUGAUCUUGAAUACGAUGCCACCCCAGCUACACACUUACUCUCGAUACAAGCGACCACUGUUGGAUCAUGUCGAUCGCUGGUUUCGCGAAUAAAAUCUUCUUGGGAGAGUGUCAAGGCAUUUACAGUCGUCACUGCUCUCACAGUGACGGGCUCCGGGAUCCCAAGCAUCAGUGAGAUGUCACCCACAGUCGAUUUGGGACCAAGCGAAGCUACAGGCAGUUGCGAGUCGUCACUCCAGCGGAAUCUGCGUGUAUGUCGUAGCUGAGCUUCAGCAGUUGUAAGUGGUGGCUUGGAGCUGAUGGAAUUUGCUUCGUUGGACUGAGCAAUACUCGAAGUGCUGGAGUCGUCACGUUCGACUGACGCUCGACACUCGCCUUCGAGGAGCAGGUACAAGUUGUUGAGUUGAUGGCCUUCAUGGACAAUAAUCGUACCCGGCUCAAAGACAGUCUGGCGGAGACACCCGAUAAACCGCUCAAGGCCAAACUGCUUGGCCCACUGAAGACGGUCUGCUGCACCCGAGCCACUCUCUCGGAUAUCACUUGCCGUAAGCACAAUGUAGUCCGCUGGUCCCGAUAUUAUAAUCUUGUUGUACAAGUGGAUGCCCUUACGCAGGGAAUUCUCGCGCUUAAUGCGUCUCCAUUUGCUAUCCGAGACUCCACUUAUUGACUGCGCUGUGUUUGAUGAAAACGAAGCGCGACUCGCUUCGGAGGAAGCAGAUUGUACGCGUUGUGGAGCGCCGAGGUUGCCAACAACGGAGCCUUCGGUGAAAUUCAGUACUGGAGUGGUGGCAAUAUUCAAUGGUCUGGCCUCAGCGUUGCCGUACAGGAGGAUACACGAUCGUGGUGUCUCCAUUGAGGUUAACCAGAUCACAUGCUCUUCUCCUCGAUGAAGGUGCUGCAUUUUCAUUCGACUGGCAGCUUCGAGACUACAACCAACACGAUAAAGUCAGUAAGUGACUUCAGUACUACAGUGAACAGGUGGAUGAUGGUUUACCGUUCGGCAUGUGAAAGUCCCCUCCACCAUGGCUGCUCGCAGAUCGUAGUUUCAUUCGCCAAGUAUGUGAUGAUGAAGCUUAAUUCGUCAAAGGAAAAGUCGAUUUGCCGAAGGAAGAGACCCCGAAAGUGGAACCGUGCACCUAGUUUGGUCGUAGCGUGCUGGGUGCCAGAUAAAGUAGACGUCCAGUGUGUCACCCCCUGUUGCAUUGCCAUUCGCUGCGCCAAUAUCACGCGCUCACCAUUCAGUCAAAUUACCGACAGAACCAGAGCAACUUGCAACUCGUACCCGUUUAUUAUUCAUGUUUGCCGACAUGAAGACGAGGUUUGGACGUGUCAAUAUUUUUAGGGGAACUGUGAUGCAAAUAGCAAGUGAAAUUUAAACUUCAUUAGCUGAUGGAAAUAUUUUUGAGUUGGUUCAUAGAUAGUCGGGGUUUCAACUUCGCUACAGAGCACGUCACAUCAAACGAAACGGAGACAAAAUAGUAAAGAGAAGCUGCCAUUUCGCCU